UGAGUGGAAGACUUUAGAAGGGAAAACAUCAUCAUUGACCAUCACCGGCCACUGCUUCACUACCCAUGGGGACACUGCAAAAGCUGAGACGAUGCGUGUGGGGCAACGGAGGCUUUAUCUUCCAAGUAAGAAAUGGUAGAGUGCUCAAAGGAACACGAGGAAAAUAUUAUAGGAUCCUGUUUCUCCUCUUCACGGCUCUUUCACUCUUUCUUCUCUCUACUCAAUUCAGACUCAUACUUCCACUGACAUUUUUAAAGACAUUCCAUUAUCUUCAAAACUAUGGCCGCCAGUCGAUGUUUGCAAUGACCCCCGAGUUUAUUUCAAACACUUCAUCGCUGUAUCGAACUACUCUGGAUGACGUCCUCAGAACAAUUGAGUAUUUUCCAGAAGACGAAUACCUCGAAGAUAACUCUUCUUUCUUUAAUCUUCGGCCAGAAGUCAUCAACAGCUUCGUUUCAGAAAUUCUCAUUCAGGCAUCACCUCUGUGCCCUGGGGAUGGUCCUUACCUGCUGGUCGCCAUACCCUCCGUACAUAAUCACAUGCAUGUGAGGGAGGCAAUCCGAAACACGUGGGGUAGCAUAGCAUUUGGCAGAAAAUGGCCGCGUAAGUCUGUGGCUGUGGACGUCAAGCUGGUCUUCUUUCUAGGAGUUAACGCAGCAACAAACAUGUCCGACCUGAAGGCGGAGUCUGGACGCCAUGGAGAUAUAGUGCUGGGCAACUUUCUGGACACUUACCGUAACUUGUCCGUCAAAAUAGCCUUUAUAUUACACUGGACAAUUACUUACUGCUCAAACGCGAAACAUUUACUUAAAGUAGAUGAAGACACCUUCGUUAAUAUACCUUUACUGAUAGACAUACUACAUAAUGUAUCCAAGCAACAAGAGCGCUACAUCAUUGGCCACAAACACACCUUCCACAAGCCGCCUGUUGUUCGCAGAGAUGAGUGGUCAGUCAACGAGUCUGUCUACCCUCUUCCUUACUUUCCCCGCUACACAUACGGGCAUUCAUAUGUUAUUUCCCACAAGGCUGUCAGAGACCUGCUCACCGCUUACAAGUACAUGCCUCUUGUCCUGGUAGAAGACGCUUUCUUCACUGGGAUCCUGGCUAAGACAAUGGGCAUUCCCAGAACUCACUGUCCUCGCUUUGCACCACCGAAUGAAACUAACAGAUGUCUUUUACUGGAAGACAAGUUUGUGAGUCAAUUAGGCUUUGGAAAAAACACUUCUGAUUACUACGAUACUUGGUCCAUGAUUGUUAACAACAAAUGUAGGAAAUGA